AUGAACCAAUUCGUUCUGGUAGCGCUGACUGCAGCGCUGCUAGCCCUCCACAAUUAUUACAUCGAAGUGCAGCACCAAACUCGGAUAACAUCCCCGCAACUAAAGCUGACGUACUUUGACGGGCGCGGUCGCGCAGAGCUAUCGCGUCUAAUUCUGGCAGCAGGUAACGUUUCGUUCAUUGAUGAGCGUCUGGAUCGCGAAGCCUUUUUGGCCAUCAAAUCAAAGCUUCCUCUCGGCCAAGUACCAGUGCUUGAGGUGGAUGGUACGACUUACAGCCAAAGUAUGGCCAUCGCCCGAUACGCCGCCAAAAUUACAGGCCUAUACCCGCAGGACCCACUUGAGUGUCUGCGCGUGGAUAUGGUGUCCGAAUCGCUCGUUGAUGUAAGGAUGGCCAUCUUGGAGAUAAAAUAUCGUACGCCGGACGAAGCUGCGAGAAAUGUCAAGACGAAAAAAUUGCUGGACGAGAGCUUGCCAAAGACGCUCAAGCUUCUCGAAGGGUUUGUUCAUCCGGGACCCUUCUUUAUGGGUGAUAAUAUGACGUAUGCAGAUAUACAGCUGUUUGACUUGAUCAUGAACGGAAUGCUUGACAUUUCAACGAAUUUUGCACUUAAAGAUUAUCCUAAUCUCGCAGCGCUUGUGGAAAUGGUGCAGUCGAAUCCCAAUGUGGCGGCCUAUCUGGCUAAGCUUUGA